CUCGCAUCCAACUGCCCUCUGGAAAAGUCGCCUCGCCGCCGCCGCCGCUAACUGCGCCCCUCCGGAUUCGCCUUCGCCUUCGCCUCGCCGGGCGCGGGAGGAAGGGGAGCCUAUCCCCAUGCGGCUGUCCGUCAUGUCUCACAACUACCUUUUAGCUCCGAUCCAGGAGUGCCCCUCCGACUACCUGGUCAAGGACGUGAAGCUGGCUGUGCUGGGAACGGGGAGCGUGGGGAAAAGCGGUAAGCGCCAAGGUCACCGCCGUGUUCGCGGAGGGGCUGCUGCAAAGCUGGAUGGAGCCGAGGCGGGCGGGCGGGCGGGCGGGCGCGUGUUUUGAAUGCAAAAGGUCCCGUUUGCCCAACCCUUGUAAUGAUAGAAUUGUAGAGGUGGAAGGGACCCCAAGAGUCAUCGAGUCGAACCCCCUGCAAUGCAGGAAUCUCAAUUCCUGGUCAGUGUGGCCACUCUGGAGCUAGAUGCAGCCUUGGUUUGAUGUGCCUAUAAGGCAGCUGCCAGAUGCUGGUGGACUAACUCAGUCUCUCUCUCCCCACCCCACAACCCGAUGCCCUACAGACUUCGUGAGCUACAGCCCCCUUCAUCCCUGACCAUUAGCUGUGCUGAUGGGAGUUGCCCUACACAACAUCUGCAUUGGCUGCCCUUGUGCAGGCAAUAGCAAGCGGCAGGGGCGUAGCUAGCUGCUCCGGCACCUGGAGCGGGGGGGGGGCAGGAUGAGCCACCCAGGGGGGUGGUGUGGUGAGCUGCCCAUGGAGUUUGCCUGGCGGGCGCAAGCCCCACGCUGCUGUUUUGGGCAGCGCGGGGCCCAUCACUCCCAGGAGAGAUGCAUAGCUCGGGCAUGCUGCUGGCCAGGCCCUGCGGUAAGUGCCACCCCCCGUGGUGUGCCAUUUUGUCACCCCCUCAGGGAUGACACCCGGGGCGGACCACACCCGCCCCCGGUUAAGCGGAAAGGAUAAUUUCCUGGCUUGUUGCAAGGCAGCCACCUCUGUUCCCAAAGCCAUCCACGUUUCAGCCCUCUUGUCUCCCAGAAUGAAUGAAUGAAUGAAUGAAUGGCAUCUGGGGGAAUGCUCUCCUAAAGCCACGGAGGCAUGUACGUGCAGAUCUUCUGACACAAAGAAGCUGCGAACAUAUUCAGGGAAGAGAGUCGCUUUCGAAGCAGACUCUACACGCCUGUUGCUUUAUAGGCGGGAGAUGCCUGCGCUGGCAAGCAGGCGUCGUAGCUAAGGAGACCACACUCAUUUUGCUGAAUGCUUUGUGUGGCUGUGUUUGCUUGUAGCAGGACAUCAUCGCAGCCCCCACCUUUUUUUGCAAAUGCUAUUUUUAUCAAAGGGAUGUGUGUCGUUUGAUGCGUCUUCCUUUGCCACCUGUCACCACUAGUAACCCAACAACUCUCGUUUCUUUCCAGCUAUGAUUGUACGGUACCUAACCAGGAGGUUCAUUGGAGACUAUGAACCCAACACAGGUAAGCUUCUCUCUUUCAUAGAAUCUCUCUGUGAAUCUGGGUCUGGUGCUUGUGGGGACCAUGCACAUAUAGCCUUGUUUUGCUCCUCUGGAAUGGUUCUGUUCCAGGGAAGUCUGGGAAAUGGAUCUGUUUACGCUUCCCAUAACACCAUCCAGCCCUUCUCCUGUGCUUCUGUGCUUGCCCAACAGGGAGGAGGGGACAGGGAAGAAGCAGUGUCGUGGGUUGUUUUUAAUAUAAUUUUGCAGACCCUAGGUCUAGCGUGGUUAGACCAAGACUAGAACUGGAGAGAUCCAGGUUCUGAUUUCAACUCUGCCAUGAAGCUUCCUGGAUGACCUUAGGCAAAUCACUAUUUGUCAGCCUAGCCUCCAUCGCAGGGUUGUUGUGAGGAUAAAAUGGGGGAGGGGAAUGAAGCACCUUGAGCUCAUUGGAGGGCGAGAGAUAUAAUAAAUAAACACUCACAAAUGAAUAGAAUCACACCUUUCCGCCAAAGAGCCCAGGAAACUGUAUGUUAGUUUUUAUCUUCGCAGCAUCAUAAAAAGGUAAAUUAGGCUGUGAAAAUGUGAAUGGCUCUUGGUCACCCAGUGAGGUGCCUGGCUAAGCCUCCCCAAUUCUCUGACCACACCGGUUCCUUUUAUUUACACUACACCCCCAUGGAGAAAGAAUGUGUUUAACAUCAGUUCCCCUGCUUCCUUAUAAUAUACCUCCUACCUCUAAAUAAAGUGCAACAGUUUUUAAAUGAGCUUCCGUUUUUCUUUCUCCAGGCAAUCUCUAUUCAAGGCUCGUUCACGUUGAAGGUGACCAGAUUUUCUUGCAAAUCCAAGACACCCCAGGAUGUAUUGAGGUACGGGAACAAUCCUAAAUAUGUCCAUUCUGUCGGCCUUUUGAGGUUUGAUUCAUUCCAUCAGUAGAUGUGAAUGUUGCUGAGAAAAUUCCCAUUGAUAGGAGUAGGCUGCUAUCUUUCACGUUCAUUGAUGCAAUCUGCACAUUAAUGCAAAUGAUGUUCUGUGACUGAAGUCCAACGGUUAAAGGGUUGGAGGAAAUAAAUGGAAAAGAUUUGCUGCAUAGAAUGUGGAAUUGCUCGGCAAUUGUCUGUGUCCACAAUCAGCAAGUAACUUGUAGGCAUUUCAGAAGACCCACUGUAUUUUCAAGAGGGCUUAAUUCAAGCCAGCAUUUUUCAACAGUUGUAGAGAAUCUCCUUUGCACGCAGAAGAUCCCAGGUUCAAUUCCUGGCAUCUCCAGGUACUGCUGCCAGUCAGUGUAGACAGUACUAAGCUAGAUUCACCAAUAGUCUGACUGCAUAAGGCAGCUUCCUAUUACAGUGGUACCUUGGGUUAAGUACUUAAUUCGUUCUGGAGGUCCGUACUUAACCUGAAACUGUUCUUAACCUGAAGCACCACACCACUUUAGCUAAUGGGGCCUCCUGCUGCCGCUGCGCCACCGGAGCAUGAUUUCUGUUCUCAUCCUGAAGCAAAGUUCUUAACCUGAAGCACUAUUUCUGGGUUAGCGGAGUCUGUAACCUGAAGCGUAUGUAACCCAAGGUACCACUGUAUUGCAGUCUUAGAAAUAAUGCUCUCGUAGGCUGUUUAGAAAGUGGUGUGACUUUUGUUACUUUUUAUGCAGAAACUAAAAGUUCUUCAAAGCUCUUUGUUUCUGCAUUAUACAGUAGAGUCGUACAUCUUGCUGGUUGGGGGUCAAAAGCCACCACAGAUGAAGACCUACACAUUGCCUUUGGCAAUCCCUUCUAGAUUCAGAUGCAAAAGCAUCAAUGGUCAGGCUGGUAUCUGAUGAGUCUCUAAAGCUGUUGCACACAGCCAUUCCACAUGUGAGAAGCACACAUGGCACAGUUAACAUGUGCCACUGUCAUGCAACCUUUGUGAGCUUGUGAACUGGCUAUUGGCUAAGACAGCCUCCCCCAACCUGGUGCCCUCCAGACACUUUAGACUACAAUUCCCAUCAGCCUCGACUGUUGACCACACUGGCUGAGGCUGAUGGUAUUUGUAGUCCAAAACAUCUGGUGGACAUCAAGUUGGGAACAGCUGUGCCAGCAACAGAUUUCAAGCUGGAUUUUCUCUUUCCAAAGCAACCAGCCUGUCUUGAAGCAAACCUCUUCUUAAUUGGAAAGGCAUUUGAUAUAGUUGCUGUUGAAAAGUUUCCCACUUGUAUCUCAUUUAUUUAAAUCUAUGUCCUGUUUUUCUUUCCAGGUGCAAGAAGAUGUUGCACAGAUGUUGGAUUCGCUCUCCAGGUGCCUGAAGUGGGCAGACGGUGUUGUCUUAGUCUAUUCCAUUACAGACUACCGUAGUUACCAGUCCAUCCGUCCCCUUUAUCAACACAUCCGGAAGAUCCGUCCAGACUCUAAAGUCCCUGUUGUCAUCGUAGGCAACAAAGGCGACUUAGCUCACUCCAGACAGGUGGCAGCCAGCGAUGGCCUGCAGCUGGCCAAUGAACUGGGCAGUGUGUUUCUAGAAAUCUCCACCAGCGAUAGCUGCCAAGGUGUAUGUGAUGUAUUUGAGUAUCUUUGUAAAGAAGUGAGUAAGUUGCACAGCUGUGGCAGCGGAGACAAAAGGCGGUCGUCCCUCAUUUCUCGACCCAAAUCACCUAACAUGCAAGAUCUCAAGCGACGUUUCAAACAGGCUUUAUCGUACAAAGUCAAGUGAGCACCAACCUUGACGUCAGCCCCCGCUGAACAGACUGUUUUAUAAAACAUACAUUUAUAAGAAUAAUUUAUUUUUGUACUGAUUAUGUUUGUUCGUGCAUUUGCAAGUAUGCAGCUUCCUUGCAUUACUUUUGUAUUAAUUGACUCUGCAACCCCACAACUGAGUGCUGAAUUGCAACAGAAUGAAACUGAAAGAGACAGUGCCAAUAUGCCUAUCCCUCUGUUUGAUAGUGACCUGCUCUUUAGACUUAGGGCAAGCAAAGUUGAAAGUAUUUGGAUUUCACGUUUAUCAGACUUUGUUAGUCUGAACUUGGCUUAAAUGAGAGUAUUUCCAUUUUACCGGAUGGUGGCUAGGGUUGCUCAUCUCUCUUUGAGCCUAUUCAAAUACAGAUUUAAAUCCCCCUCUUAAAAAAAGAAAAAAGAACUUACAGACUGGUGUUUCAUUCUGUAUGUAAACACGGGGAAAGAAUUACAGCUGAUUUUGUAAAAUGCUGCAAGC